GUCAAAUGUGAACGUCAUUUAACAACUGCAUGGUGAAAUCAGUUAGGAAUUAGUAUUCUGCAAAUUAAAACCAUGCUUAAUGUGAAAGACGAUCUAAAACAGCAAGAAAUAUCACAAGCUGUGAUAGUUGCUGAUAAUUUCAACAAAAAAUUCUCACCUCUUACAAAUUCUCAGCCAUUGUUCCUCUUGCCAGUUGUCAAUGGAACUUUCAUGGAUUAUCUUUUGCAGUCUCUUGAAGAUGCAGGAAUUCAGGAAACUUUUAUUUUCUGUUGUUCUCAUAAUAAUAUCAUUAGAAAUUAUAUAAAUUCUUCUCAUUGGUCUGAUAAAGAUUCUCCAAUGUCUGUGACUGUUAUUAGCGAUUCUGGCUUUCUUUCCAUGGGAGACAUUAUGAGAGCUCUUGAUGCAAAAGCACUCAUUCGAUCAGAUUUUAUCCUCCUUAAUGGUGCAAUCAUCACAACUUUUCCUCUGAAUGAUAUUUUAGAAGACCACAGGAAAUGUAGGCAAGCUGAUAAAAAUUCUGCCAUUACCUUGUUGUACAGAAAAGCAUCGCCAAAACAUAAAACAAAGUGUAAAGAGCAUUGCUUUUUGGUUGCUGUAGAAUCCAAAUCCAAUAGAAUAAGAUACUACCAGAGAAUCAAUAAAGUUAAAACCUCUCUUAUACCUUUGGAAGUAUUUCAAGAAAAUGAUGAAGUAACUGUCCACUACAAUCUUUUAGAUAGCUAUAUUAGUAUUUGUUCUCCCUGUGUGCCUCCAUUGUUUUCGGAUAAUUUUGAUUACCAAAGCAUGGAUGAUUUUGUAAGAGGACUUCUUGUUAAUGAAGAGCUUUUAGGGAAUUCUAUGUACAUACACAUUGCAGAUGUUGGUUAUGGUGCUAACAUAGCAAAUCUGUAUAUGUAUGAUGCUGUCAGCCAAGACAUCAUGUCUAGGUGGACUCAUCCUAUUGUUCCCGAUUUAAUUGAAUCCCAUGGAUGUACAUUUUCUCAUUCUGAGCAUAAUAUUUACAAGCAGCCAGGUGUUGAAGUUGGAAGAAAUUGUCAGCUUAAACAGAAUGUAGUGAUAGGAAAAGGAGCUGCGAUAGGUGACAAUACAUUUAUUGAAAAUUCAGUUAUCGGAAGAAACUGCAUUAUAGGUGAAAAUGUUGUAAUCAAGGGGUCUUAUCUCUGGAAUAGAGUCAGUGUUGGAGAUGGAUGUAAUUUAAAUAUGUGCCUUCUUGGAGAAAAUGUCAAGCUGCAGAAAAAUGUACAGAUAAAUGCUGGAUGUAUUUUAGGAAGUGAAGUUGUUAUUGAUGAAAACAUUGUAGUGCCUGCAUUAACAAGACUCCAAGCUGAAGUUUUUGUUGAUGAAGAUAGCUUUGGAGAAGAUGAUUUUGAUGCUAAUCUUAAGUCAGAUCAGGAUAAAACAUGCGAUUUCAGUGUGGUGGGGAAGAAAGGUCAUGGUUAUAUAUGCAAAACUACUGUGGAGAGUGAUGAGGAAGAUGAAGAUGUACUUGAAGAUAUUUGGGGAAAAACUAUUGAUGAAAGUGUUGAUGAUGAUGAAGAAUCAGAGAGUUCAGGUUCUGAGAUUAUCAGUCCUGGUGAAGAAGUUAGUGAUGAAAGUGAAGGUGGAGGUUAUGAUGAUGAAACUAAUCAAUUUUACAAUGAAGUUCUGGAAAGUCUUCAAAGAGGAAUUGAAGAGAAAGUAAAUAGUGAAAACACUAUUCUAGAAAUAAAUGCAUCCAAGCAUGCUUAUAAUAUAACUAUAAAGGAAGUCAACACUUUAUUAAUUAAGGCACUAUUGAAGUUACCCUUAGAUAGUUUGCAAGUUUCUACGCCACAACAAUAUUUGUCAUCUAUGAAACCGUCGUUGCAGUUUUUUCAUCCACUUAUUUCAAAGUACAUUAGAAGUACUGAAUCCCAAUUGGACUGCCUUUCAUCUAUAGAGGAAUUUAUGAAAAGUAAUGAAGACAUAGCUCCUGCCUUGAUAAAAGUGAUUCAUUUUUGGUAUGAUAAAGAACUUCUGAAAGAAUCUGUGAUAAUAAAAUGGUUUAAAGAUCUUUCUCCAGAAAGUGACAAAGUCAGAAAACUGACUGCAACUUUUAUAAAUUGGCUGCAAACAGCAGAUGAAGAAUCGUCUGAAGAUGAAGAAUCAUCUGAAGAUUAAUACAAAUAAAGACUUUGUAAUUUAAAUGCCUGUUCAAAUAAAUUUUUUAUUUACAAUCAA